UUUAUUGAGGUCUGGGUGAAUACCAGUGCUCGUGACAGAAACUCCGCCAUUCCCUGCCAUCUGGUGAAAUGUGUUCCCCUCCUGCCCGAUGGCGACCUGGACAUGCUUCGUGUGUUCGCCAUGCCCACUGGAGACAUCGUCGUCAUCGCCCCGUUCCACCCGCAAACCACCAGCUUACCAGUCGCGGCACGACCAGCACGCCCAGUACGACGCCCGGCUCGCUUCAACAACUUACAGGCUCAGCAAAUGACGCCGCUGCUUGCUGCUGUGAAUGGACUUGUCACACUACAAACUGCAGCUGUCUCAGCACCUCCGAUGCCCCCACCUGUGCCACAGAUGACGCCUUCGGUGCCGCCAUUCCGUGGCUUCAGUCCGGACUCUGAACGCUGGCCAGAAUACAUUGCCCAGCUCGAGGCUCAACUUGCCGCAUACAACAUACCAGAAUUGGAUGCUCCACAGCUUCCGCUGCAACAGCCCAUGACUCAAGUGACGGCGGCUCCGCUGCUCCUGCCUAUGGUGCGGGUGCCCCUGACUGCGCCGCUGAUCUGGUCUGCUGCACUGGGCGGGCGCCUCUCGUCACCGCCAUGGCCCCACCUCCAGCUGCCAUUGCUGUCGUGUUACUUCGUGGUGCCUGAGCCGAUGGAUGCUGACGCUGAUGUCACGCCGCCACUGUCGCCCAUGGAAGUUGUUGCUCCGACUCUUUGUCUGAGCAUACCCAGUGCUGGUGCACGUCGCAGGCAGGUUUUGCAAAGGACAUUUUCCUCUCCCCCUCGCAAGCAAUUCAGAGAUGCAGGUGGCAGCCAUCCCUGCAAUUCAGCUGUCCGCCCCCUCAAUUGUGGCGCGCCUGGGACCCUCCCCCACUGUUAUAAGCCCUAUUCCAUGACGGUGCACUGUUGCAGAAGUUUAUAAAUCAGUGUUGAUGUAACACUGGUCUCAAUGACAGACUGUGAAGGAGUGGGCUGGGUUUUGAUCCUGUGGUGUUGUGCAUGUCACCUGUGAAGUAGUGGCCAUGUUGACUGAGCUCCAAGGCAGCUCCAGACCACUGCAAUACAAGUGGUAUGCCUAGGAGGGCAAAGAAAUUAAUUCUGUUUGUUGAUGUCAAAUUGUUCUAGUUUAAGUGUUUCGUUAUGUUCUUGGUUUUUGAAUCUAUUAUG